GAGGGGAGGGCCCGGCCGCCGGGGGUCGAGGGGGUGGGGCCUGGGCCGCCUGUCGGGACCCAGCCUGGGGCCUGGACUCCGACCCGGGAGGGCCACGGCUUCCCGCUGAGACCGGGCGGGCGGGAUCCAGGUUAACACUGAAAUCAGCCUUCUGGCCAUGCCAGCUCUAUGGCCUGUUUCUUCUCAUGAACCCCAGCAGAAGACAGACCGGCCAGUCCUCACAGUGGAUGACUUCCCUUCCCUGAGCAAGCGAUGGGAUAGAACCUGGGAUCUGCCCAACACCAGACUCUGGGCUUAAUAAGCCAGCUGAAUGAAGGAAUGUAACAGACCCCUGGGAGGGACACUGAACCCUGCAGUGGGGGGGGGAGGGGCCUGGACAUACCCCUUCCCCCCCAGACUCCUCCCCCUCAGAGUCCACUCAGCCAUGGACUUUGGACCUGGAUAAGAGGAGAGAAGCUGCACUUUGUUUGGUGUAUCUAAUUUGGGAGACGAAGUUUUGGAAAUGGAGUGCUGGAAGGGGGUUUGAUGAUCUCCAGGGGAGCAGCUGAGAGAAGAGAAGAAAGGUCUCGUGGUUCUUACCCCCAGGACAAGUCUGUCCUCUGCUCCUGUACUCAGAGUGAACAGCUCUCAUUCCCCACCUCGAAAGAAAAAAAAAAAAGAAGGUGCAUGGCUGCGUCCUAAUCCCGAAGGCCAGAGAGCGCGUCCCUGGGGCUGCCGACGUGACGUGAAAUAGGCCAGCCAAGGGCAGCCUCGCGCCCCACCCCUGCCGUCCCGCCCUGCGGGGGCCAGGAUGCUGAAGAAGCAGUCUGCAGGGCUUGUGCUGUGGGGCGCCAUCCUCUUCGUGGCCUGGAACGCCCUGCUGCUGCUCUUCUUCUGGACGCGCCCGUCGCCCGGCAGGCUGCCGUCGGAAAGCGCCUUGGAUGACGACCCUGCCGUCCUCACCCGCGAGGUGAUCCGCUUGGCGGAGGACGCGGAGGUGGAGCUGGAGCGGCAGAGGGGGCUGCUGCAGCAGAUCCGGGAGCAUCAUGCCCGCUGGAGCCAGCGCUGGAGGGCGCCCACUGCCACCGUGCCUGCCCCGCCGCGCGCGCCCGCGUCCUCCGCGCCGGCCGUGAUCCCCAUCCUGGUGAUCGCGUGUGACCGCAGCACGGUGCGGCGCUGCUUGGACAAGCUGCUGCACUACCGGCCGUCGGCCGAGCACUUCCCGAUCAUCGUCAGCCAGGACUGCGGCCACGAGGAGACUGCGCAGGUCAUCGCGUCGUACGGCAGCGCCGUCACGCACAUCCGGCAGCCGGACCUGAGCAGCAUCGCCGUGCCCCCCGACCACCGCAAGUUCCAGGGCUACUACAAGAUAGCGCGCCACUACCGCUGGGCGCUGGGCCAGGUCUUCCACCGCUUCAAGUUCCCGGCCGCUGUGGUGGUGGAGGACGACCUGGAAGUGGCGCCGGACUUCUUCGAGUACUUUCAGGCCACGUACCCGCUGCUGCGGGCCGACCCCUCCCUCUGGUGCGUGUCCGCCUGGAACGACAACGGCAAGGAGCAGAUGGUGGACUCGAGCAAGCCCGAGCUGCUCUACCGUACGGACUUCUUCCCGGGCCUGGGCUGGCUGCUGCUGGCCGAGCUCUGGGCCGAGCUGGAGCCCAAGUGGCCCAGGGCCUUCUGGGACGACUGGAUGCGCAGGCCCGAGCAGCGGCAGGGCCGGGCCUGCGUGCGGCCCGAGAUCUCCAGAACCAUGACCUUUGGCCGCAAGGGUGUGAGCCACGGGCAGUUCUUUGACCAGCACCUCAAGUUCAUCAAGCUGAACCAGCACUUCGUGCCCUUCACCCAGCUGGACCUGUCCUACCUCCGGCAGGAGACCUAUGAUAGAGAUUUCCUCGCCCGUGUCUACGGCGCUCCCCUGCUGCAGGUGGAGAAAGUGAGGACCAGUGAGCGGAACGAGCUGGGGGAGGUGCGGGUGCAGUACACCGGCAGGGACAGCUUCAAGGCCUUUGCCAAAGCCCUGGGAGUCAUGGACGACCUCAAGUCCGGAGUCCCCAGGGCCGGCUACCGGGGCAUCGUCAGCUUCCUGUUCCGGGGCCGCCGCGUCCACCUGGCCCCUCCGCAGACCUGGGAUGGCUAUGAUCCUAGCUGGAAUUAGCUGCGCCUUCCUGUCCCGCCGAGCUCCUUCCUUUCCGUAUCACGGGCUGAGAUGGGACCGUGUCCCUGGGCUGCAUCGUCCUCUCUGUGUGUCUCUCUUGGGUACACUUACCUUUUCUUUUUCUUUUCUUUUUUUCUUUUCUUAUUUUUCUUUUUCGAAUGGCAUUCAAGAGCACAGAGGGUAAGGUGAAGGCCAUUCUCCUGUUCUCAAGGGGGUCAAAUCAGGGGAACCUUUCAGGGGUAUGUUGGGCGGUAUUAAGCAUGAAACCACUGUGUGGUAGGGGGACACUUGGGCAUGUUGGGGCCACAGACUUCCAUGUUCCAGGUUUUCUCCCAGAGCAUCUGCAGAGAAGUGGGCAGCCUUAGCUCUCUUGACCUGCUCUCUUUCCCGUGUCCUGGCUCUUCCAACCAGGGUAUGAGCUCACCUCCUGUAUCUGCUCCCUAUUCCCACCUUCCCCCAGUUUGAGGGGUUGUUGGGUUAUUUGAAAAGGGGACUUAUCUGUGGCCAAAAUGAGACUAACCAAAGGGGUGUCAUCAUCAGAGUCUGGUGGAGCUAUUGAGCUUUCAGGGUUUACCGCCACCCACCCCUAUUUCUCUUCUACUGCUUUCCUUAUCCCUGACCACCUCUCUGCUCUUCCUUCCUUGCAGCUUAGCAGUUUGUGAUUCUAGGAUGAAAAGUGGAAGGGGUAGAGCAAGACUUCUCAGCUUAUUUCCAGAAGUGGGGGGGAAACGUGGUAGGGAGAAAGCCUUGGUGUGCUGGGACACGCCUCCCUCAUCCUGCCUCAAAGAAACAGACUCUGUUCCUGGGUCCUGGCCUUUCUAAAAAUUGAUCCCUUCCCUGUUGUUGUAGGAGGUAUCACGCUGGCUUUGUGGAAGAGAGAUUAGCUCCUCGUGUCCUUUUUCCCCUGGGGUUUGGUGCACAGGCUCCUCCCUGAAGGUUGAGGCAUCCAGAGGCCCUCUCAGGAUGAGGUGGAGCAGUGGAGACAGGAUGGCUCCUGCCUCCCUCCCCUAUCCCCCUGGGCAUUCCCUUGUCUGCUCAGAUUAGGAUGAGGAUGGCAGGUUGGAGAGCAGUGUGUUUGUUUUUGCUUCUGGGCUGACCUCAGUUCAUGGAAGAAAGUUGAAGCUACAGAAUUAUUUUCAAAAAUAAAGGCUGAAUUGUCUGAAAAA